ACUUCAACCAGGGAGAGGAGGAGCUUCUCUCUUCCCCCCCUCUGUCUCUCUUUCUUUCUAGUUUGCUUGCUCGAAAAUAGUCCAAGACCCAAGAUGGAUCAGAUAGAGCACAAAUACAUUGAUGUUAGAGGGCUGAAGCUUCAUAUCGCCGAGAUAGGAACCGGGCCGUCAGUGGUGGUGUUCUUGCAUGGGUUCCCGGAGAUCUGGUAUUCGUGGCGGCACCAGAUGAUCGCCGUUGCCAAUGCCGGAUUCAGGGCACUGGCACCUGAUUUCAGAGGUUACGGCCUCUCCCAGCAGCCCCAUGAACCUGAGAAGGCCUCAUUCAAAGACCUCAUUGAAGAUCUCCUUGCCAUUCUCGACUCCUUCUCCAUUCCUAAGGCUUUCCUCAUUGGGAAAGAUUUUGGAGUCCUUCCUGCCAAUUUGUUUGCAGUUCUCUUCCCGGAGAGGGUCUCAGGAGUGGUAACAAUGGGGAUUCCAUAUGUUCCCUCUUCACCAUCUUCAUUAUUUAGCCAGCUUCCUGAAGGCUUCUACAUUUUGAGAUGGAAGGAACCUGGAAGAGCCGAAGCAGAUUUUGGUCGCUUCGAUGUUAAGACGGUGGUGCGAAACAUCUACAUUCUUUUCUCAGGAAGCGAACUACCAAUAGCAAGUGAGAAUCAGGAGAUCAUGGACUUGGUGGAUCCGUCUACCCCUCUGCCUCCAUGGUUCACUGAGGAAGAUCUUGCAGCGUAUGUAACAUUAUAUGAAAAGUCUGGAUUCCGUUUUCCAUUGCAAGUACCAUAUAGGACCUUGCAAGAGGACUUGAGCUCAAAAGAUCCAAGAGUUAAAGUACCAGCACUGCUGAUCAUGGGCGGAAAGGACUAUUUCCUCAAAGUCCCAGGAAUGGAGGACUACGUGAGGAGUGGAAAGGUGAAAGAUUUUGUCCCUGAUUUGGAGAUCACUUUCUUGCCUGAGGGAACACAUUUCGUUCAGGAGCAAUUUCCAGACCAGGUGAACCAGCUCAUCGCAACUUUCCUCAGCAAGCAUUCUUGCUAAAGUUCUGGGUAAAGUUUGUUUAAUAAGAUUAGCCAACAUUUCGUGGGCUGCCUAAAAUAUAUUAUUCAGCACAUACUAUUCCCA